UACGCCUUCCCUUUUUCGUAGGACUACUCUAAACUUUUCUACUCGUAAAAGCCAAAAGACGGCAACUCCAAACUAACAUGGCAGUCAGACUGUGUGAUGUGGCUACUCUGCUUAGAAGUGGUUCGUGGGCUGCAGAGCCUUGGACUGGGCAGGUAAUUGCUGCAAUGGAAACGCAACUGUCCAAUGGUCCAACUUGUAAUAACACAACGAAUGGUCCUUCAAACUCCAACACUGGCACAAACAACUGCUCAUCACCUGUUGACAGUAACACCAUGCCAGAGGACAGCAAAACCAACUUAAUAGUCAACUAUUUGCCACAAAACAUGACGCAGGAGGAGCUCAAAAGCCUGUUUGGUAGCAUUGGAGAAAUAGAGUCCUGCAAACUUGUACGAGACAAAAUAACAGGUCAAAGCCUUGGUUAUGGAUUUGUGAACUACGUAGAUCCGAAGGAUGCUGAGAAAGCCAUCAACACAUUAAAUGGCCUCAGACUUCAAACUAAAACAAUUAAGGUUUCUUAUGCUCGUCCCAGCUCUGCUUCCAUCAGAGAUGCAAAUUUAUAUGUCAGUGGACUCCCAAAAACUAUGUCCCAAAAGGAACUGGAGCAGCUUUUUACCCAGUACGGACGCAUUAUUACCUCAAGAAUCCUUGUGGACCAAGUCACUGGGGUGUCCAGGGGCGUUGGCUUCAUUCGGUUUGAUAAGAGAGUGGAAGCGGAGGAAGCGAUCAAAGGGCUGAAUGGGCAAAAGCCUCCGGGUGCCACAGAGCCGAUCACGGUCAAGUUUGCCAACAAUCCAAGUCAGAAAACCAAUCAAGCAAUCCUCUCGCAACUGUACCAGUCUCCAAACAGAAGAUACCCCGGGCCCCUGCAUCAUCAAGCGCAGAGGCUAAGGUUGGACAAUCUUCUAAAUAUGGCUUAUGGUGUGAAAAGGUUUUCACCAAUGACCAUUGAUGGAAUGACCAGUUUGGCGGGCAUCAAUAUCCCUGGGCAUGCCGGAACAGGCUGGUGUAUCUUUGUUUACAAUCUGGCACCUGAUGCAGAUGAGAGUAUUCUUUGGCAAAUGUUUGGACCAUUUGGUGCAGUGACCAACGUGAAAGUCAUCCGUGACUUUAACACAAACAAGUGCAAAGGCUUCGGAUUUGUGACUAUGACCAACUACGAUGAGGCAGCCAUGGCAAUAGCCAGCUUAAACGGAUAUCGUCUAGGGGACAGAGUACUGCAGGUUUCCUUCAAAACCAACAAAACGCACAAAGCCUAAUAUGUAACAUAACUGUUAUAGCUAUUCAAGGAAACACAAGUUAAAGGCAAAACUUUAUAUACUAGUGCAAAGACUUUGUAAGUCAGUGUUAAAGUAUGACUAUUUAGCAUCCUAAGAAUAUGUGAGAGGAUUUUAUAUUGCUGGUACCUUUGCAUUAAAUCUUCUUUCAUAGCUUUUAUGUUUGGGGGAAAAAAUGGACAAGAGAUGCAGGGUUUUUUACCUGCCCCAAAACAUUACCUCCUUUGAGAUGGAGGUGGACCUUUUAAAAGAAACUGUUUCAGCUGAAGGAAGAAAGAAAAUAACUCCUAGAUUUUUACGCAACUGCCUUGAAACAGUGCAUAAAGUGAAUUUGUGAGGCUUUUUUUUUUGGUAAACAUUCAUUUCAUUUAAAAGUCUUGAUUGUUUUACAGAACUGUUUUGAGUUGCUGUUUGUUUCCUUUAUGUGUUGUUAGAAGUGUUUAAGUGAAACAGUAUUUUAUUUUGAUAUUAAGAUUUUGGAAUUGGGAAAAGGGUGGGCUUCAAUUGUACCUUAUUGUAAGGUUCUUGGAAAAAAAAAUCUUUUUUUCGUAACACAGUACCUUGCCAAAGAGAGAGAGCCUCUUUGAUGAAGUGGGUUUAAAAAAAAAAGCAUCUAUUUUUAUAAAAAGAAAAUUUGGAGAAACUUUUUACAGGACCUGGAACAAAUAUUUUGACUUGGUUACUUUGAGAAUCUCUUCAUAUGACAUCUAGUGAGCUUUUGAAAAAAAUUAAAACCCAGGAAAUUUCCAGUGGCUGGUAUUUAUUGGAAAGACUUGUCAUGUAGAGAUUACCUUGAAGACCUUUGUAUUACCAAGAUGUAGAACCAGUGGGCACUGUGGGUUUCAUAUGUAUAAUCAGUGGAUCAUCCUGGUUAUUGUUUGUGGCAAAAAUAGCUCACAUUUAAUUGUGAUUUCAAGACUUAAAAGAGGCUAACAUUGAGAGUGCAUGCAAAUAUAAAAUAUCAAAAUUAUUGAAAAUUGGGGGGAAAAUCUGUUCUUCCUCAAAGUAUUCCCUUCUGUUCGAGCUCAAGGUGUUUAGUGAUGUACACUCUCCUGCUGUAUUGUCUGUGCUGGAAAUGGGUGGGGGGAAAAAAAGUAAUUGGACUUGCUUUGCAAUACAGAUGUCAAAGCUGUCGGAAUACAUUUCGGAAAUGCAAAAGGAUAAUGAUGAGAGACUGCACCUGAGCAUUGUGUAAUGUAAAUAAGUCCUUGUGUUAUGGACUUUACUGCUUUUUUGUUUUUGACUACAUGCCAAGUGCUGUUUAAGAACCUUGAAUGCUUUGUAUGUUUUUUGUUUCAUGUAGACUGCAUUAACAUUACUUGAAGUUUACUUGUUUUGUUGUCCUAAUGACCAGAAUUGCAGUGCAUCAAAUUUGUUUGUUGUUGGUCUGUAGAUAGUCUUGUUGCAGCUCUUUAAAACUAUAGUGACACUGCUUUUGUUAUAUAUGCAUUUGUGGUACAAUGGGUAAAACCACAGUUUGAACAAAUAUGCUUACAUUUUCAUACUAAAAAAAGGAAGCUGUCCUGUUGAAACAUUGAAGUAAAUUUGCAAAUAAUGCUUAAAUCACUAUGGGGAGAUAUAGCCGUUCUUUAUCAUAACAGGAAUAAAUUUGAAAAACUCUAUUUUCAGAGAAGCAUCUAGCUUAACUUAUUCUUCUAAGAACAAAUUGGCCGUAGGAUUGCAGUCCUCGACCAGGUGCACUGAUACCUGUAGUUAAAUGUCCUGCUUUGUGUAAACUGAGAAAUGCUCAUGUACUCUUCCCCUUAGAACAAGCAAUGUGCUAUGCAUAACAUAGUUGUACAUUUAUCUUUGCUAUUGCUUUUUGAAUACUGUAGUUAUAAAUUCUCAGCCUAGUUGAAGUACAUAUACUGUGAAGCACAUGAAAGUGUACCCACAUUUUCAUGCUAACCCACUGACUGCUGAUAACUAACUGGCGUCUUGAACUAAUUGUCUGGGCCUUGCAUUUCGGGAAUGCAAAAGAGCCCAUCUACAGCUUUAAAAACCUGAGACCUCUGAGCUAAAUAUGAAGGCCAGUAAUUGAUAUGAGCCUCUAGUCUAUUUGUAGCCUAGUCAAAUGCAGAAAAAAUUUAGUGGGAAUUGCAUGUGAAUUGGCCUUCACUUUACAGUGUUGAUCAUAGCACUUAAUAAAAUGUAAGUCUGUAUUUAUUUGAAGUUGUAAAGUAUGACUAAAUUUACAUCAGUUGAUUGGAAUAUAUGUUCUUUUGAGUAUUUAAGAGGCUGUACAUGUUUUUUCCUUAUAUUGUGUUUGGAUCAUUUGUACUUUUUUCAUGUUCAGUACAUCAAUAAACAAAGUUGAA